UUUCACCAGAAACUGUCUCGAACUGAUCGCUGGAAUGUCAAACGCAUCAGACGAUUGUCAUGUUUCUAGAAAAGCAGAUUCUCGACCAUCUCGGUCACUUUAUCCGCUCUCAGGGAUAUACACCAAACGAACAGGAGGCAACCUGUAUCAAGGUCUACGAUAAUUCACCCAUAUUCUACACCUUUGCAAACUUUGUCGUAUGGGGAAGCAUGGCUUACUAUACCCUUGAUAUGCGCUCCCUCUUUCCAAAGUCAACACCAACACCGCCAAAGACCGUUCCAGCAGCACUAUCCCACCCGUCACGUACGCCAGUGCCACGGUGGAUAACGCUAUGGGGUAUUGCUGCAAUCACCGCUGGGGCCUUCGCCACUACGUAUUAUACCAGCAAAGUGGCGGCGAGAAGCUGUUUGCAAUGUUUCUUGGAUGUGGAUAACAAAAAGUCAGAACUAUAUCUCGCGACCCGUAAGCUAUUAGCGGAUCACCAUCCUGAUGCUAAGAAGUUUUUUAUGCAAGAGAAGCGAAAAGAGAGCCUGUAGAUACCUUUUAAAUUAGAUUAUAGCCUAGAGCUUCCGCAUUUCGUCAAUAAUAUUUUAAGGGAGGAAUGAUUCGACG